CGGAGACACAUCUGAGCAUUGCGCCUCGGCUGUCCAGUGGCCAAACAACUCUAAUAUAUACACAACGUCUGUUUGUUUAUUAGAUCAGUUAUCGAAAUGCCGAAAUUCACCUUCGCGUUAGUGAUCGUGGCUCUGACCGUCAGCGUACAAGGAUUCCCGACGUUCGAGGAUGACGUUGCAGCCGCGGCGGCGUCCGGCAACUGGGCUAAAGUGCAUGAGAUCUUGAGAAAGAACUUCGCGGCUUCGUUCGGGCGCGAUACGAUGACAGAUGUCCGAAACCUGAAGCCCCAGAACGGCGGCCACGUGUUCGCAGAGGCGAAGUCCACAUACGAACAUUCCUCCAACAUCAAUGGCAAGUCCAGCCACGAGCGAGGCGGCCACGAGGUCGUCAACAAGGACGGCAAGGUCUCCGAAUGGGACCUGCAUUAAACCUUGACUCCAAGGCACAGAGUUCCAUUUGCACUAACAUCACACUUCGCGAAUAAAAUAAGCGAGUUCAUUGACGAUUUUACAGUCAGACUUA